AUGAACGAAACUGAAAUUAAACUUGCUGAAAAGAAACUACAUGACAUGUCUAUUGAAGAACAAAAGGAUAUGUAUGGUAACGAGGAUACUAUGAAUAAAUAUUUUGUUAAUUUAGCUGGUAGAAUUAGAAAUUCUGUCUCUGGUGGUUACUUACUACCAAAGGAAGAUGACAAGUCAGGUAAGGCUUAA